AAGUUCAACUAUUUGCUGAAAGUCAUUUAAAAAUUCUCAACAAUUUAAAUUGUGUGCUUUCUCUUAAAAGAAAAAAUAUUUCAAGGAUUUGAAUUAUAAUAGAAAUAUUAACUGACCUAGAAACUAAUAUUCAAAAUGUCUUCGAUUGAAUCGAAACGUGUUCAAUAUCGCCGUUAUUUGGAACGUGCUGGUGUCAUCGAUGCUUUGAGCAAAGCCUUGAUAAAACUUUACGAAGAACAAAAUAAGCCUGAAGAUGCCAUACGAUUUGUGCGCAGAUUUAUGUGCGAAUCCUGUCCAGAUGAUACCCAAUUUGAUGCCAUGAAGGCUGAUUUGGAAGAAGCGAAUAAGACCAUCUCGAAAUUGGAACAAGAUUUGGAGAGAUUACGCUCGCAAAUCAAAAGGACUCCAGAAGAAAUCGCCUCACUUUUAGAUGAAGGCUUCAAGGCACUUGCAGAGGACGAAGAGAAGGCUUCUUCGCUUUUGCGUAAAUAUUUGACAUCUGAAAUUCUGGAGGAAUACAAAGGCGUUUUGACAGCGCCACCCAUUGAGGCAUCUCUGCUGGAUUGCGUUCAAUCCGGUUUUAAUCAUCAUGACUCCUCGUGUGGUCUUUAUGCCGCCAAUCCUGAAUGUUAUGAUAUCUAUACCAAACUCUUUGAUCCUGUCAUACGUGACUAUCAUGGUCAAUUGGACAAUGAUAAAGAAGAAAUACACCCAGCUGCCGAUUUUGGCAAUAUGGAUGAAAUUGAAAAUCUUGAUCCUGAAAGGAAAUACAUACUAUCCACACGUAUACGCAUAGCUCGCAAUAUUGAGGGCUAUCCAUAUUUUGCCAAAUUAAGUGAACAGCAAUUCAAUGAAAUCGAGGAGAAGGUGCGAGAAGCUGCCGAGGCCUUUGAUGGCGAACUAUUGGGUGCGUACUACAGUCUGAAGGAUAUAGCGUCGGAUACUCAAUCGGAGAUGGUAGCACGUCAUAUUUUGUUUAAACGUGGCGAUGUUUACCUCCAGUCAGCUGGUUGUUAUCGCUUUUGGCCCAUCGGUCGUGGUAUCUUCCAUAAUGCCGCGGAAACAUUUUUGAUAUGGGUCAAUGAAGAGGAUCAUUUGCGGAUUAUAUCAAUGGCCAAGUGUGGAGAUUUGGGCGAUGUCUAUGCUCGUUUGGUGAAAGGUCUGCAAGAGCUGGAGAAAAACCUUACAUUUGGUCGUCAUCCCCGCUAUGGUGCUCUAACCGCCUGUCCCACUAAUUUGGGCACAACUUUGCGUGCUUCUGUGCACAUUCGUUUACCAUUAUUGGCCAAGGAUCAAGAACGUCUGAAGACCAUGGCCAAUGAUUUAAAUUUACAAAUUCGAGGCACAGGCGGCGAACACACCGCCAUAACAGAUGGUAUUAUGGACAUUUCCAAUCGUAGACGUUUGGGAUUUACCGAAUUUGAAUUGGUCAAAUCCUUGCAGGAAGGUAUAAUAACUCUCAUUAAGGCUGAACAAGAAUUGGAGGCCAAAGAAUAGAAGACGCAUAGGUAGCCAAGGUAAAAGGAGUUCCCCCAAGUACAAAGGAGUUCCUUUACCUCUUAACAAAUUGUAUUGUAUUUUUAUACAAAAUCUUGUUGAAACUUUUUUGAAAUGCUAUGAAUUCUUUAUAAACUAAAAACCUAAAUACAAUUUUUGUUAAAAACUAUAAAA